CCCAUUCUCGCUAUAAAUACCAGCGUCCAGCCAUUGGAGGCCCCAUUCCAUUCUGUUUAGCUAAUACUCCUCCUACUCACCUCACCCCCUCCGGCCCCAGCUUUGCUUCUCUUCUUCUCCACCUACUGUGCCGCGCAAGCCCAAUGGAGAAGGCGAGGAGGCGGCAGGUGCCGGCGUUCGGGGAGUGGAACUACUGCCACGGCAACGACGAGCCGCCGGCCGAGCGCUACGCCCCGGAGCCGGAGGACCGCAGCGACGUGUGGUUCAAGUACUCGCCGCCUCCGCACAAGCCGGCGCCCAAGAAGACGAGGAGCGACGUGGCUCGGGAGAAGCAGGGGAGGCGCGCGAGGGCGCCGGAAGGCGGCGGCCUGGCGAGCGCCACGUCCAGAGCCGCCUCCGCGUCCAGGGUGGUGCGGCCGGUCGACGAGGACCUGUACCAGGUGCCUCCGCCGGAGCUCGCCUCCCGCCGGUACCGGCCAAGACGGAAGAGGAGCCUGUGGAUGGAGUGCCUGGGCCUCAACUCGUGCGUCGCCUGAACACUUGUGGAUGGGGUGCUUUGCUGCAUGCUCGUCCUUGACAAUUAAGGAGUAGACCGAUCGGCCGGUCGAAUGCUAGCUGUGUGUUUUGUUUUGUUUUGUGAUCUCUCCGGCUGAUUAUGGCUUGUAAUGCUUUCUACUAGCUACUAGUUUUUGUUUCCAGCGCAAGUUGUACUCCAAGGCCAGCAGCAGGUCUGGUCUCGUGCCUAGGCUGGGCUGGGUCGAUGUGUGGAGAGUAUAGAUUAAGACUGACGUUCUUUGAGGUUGUU